AUUUGCGUGACAUAUGCAGUCAAAGCUGUAGAUUAAUUAUGAACAUAUUAUAAGCGCGAGGUCAUUAAUUAUUAAGCCGUCGUACAUCUCAUUAUUAUUAUGAGUCGUCUGUAGCCAAAGACUUCUGAAGGAAUUGACGACAAAGGUUAAAAUACAGUAAUAUUUGAGGUAAGAUAGACAUAAAGAGUUUCUAUGGAAGUUUUCAGUCUCAAUAUUGACACGAAACUGAAAUGAAUAUUUUUCAAUCGCGUCAUUUUCGAGAAUUCAAAAUUGUGCUUAUUCUCUUAGGACUAUGGCCGUCUCAGCCACCCCUUCAACGAAACUGCACACGAUUUGUAGUGAUACUGGCUAUUUUAAGUAUACUGACUCCAAAGAUGAUCAAGUUUAUAAAAUUAAUUCACGAUAUCGACGGCGCAAUUGAAUGUUUGCCGAUGAUAAUUGUCCAUCUUGUAAGUCUGACUAAAUAUUUAAAUUGGAUUUUAAAUGCAAAUAAGCUAAAAACAUUAUUUGCACUUAUGGAACGUGAUGGUGAAAUUUUGGAAGUCGAUCAGGAUAUUAAAAUCAUGGAAGAUUGGCUAGAACGAAUACGAAGUGUUGGUGCCACUUAUACAACUGGCAUAUUUUCGGUCCUCGGAACGUUUCUCGUUUCACCGGCGAUUCCAAAAAUAAUGGACAUAAUAAAUCCUUUGAACGAGUCUCGGCCUCUGAUAAAUCUGUACGAAACGGAAUAUUUUGUUGACCAACAAAAAUACUACCUUUAUAUAUUGUUGCAUGCAUAUAUGACCGUACCCAUUUCCGUAGCUGUUCUUGUGUACUUCGAUAUUUUGCUUGGGACUCAUGUUUAUCAUGCCUGCGCUAUGUUCAAAAUACUCAGAUCAUAUUUAGAAACAAUCCAUCUUGAUAUUCAUAAUAUAACAGAUCGUGAUCAGAGAAAAUCUGAAAUAAUUAACAGGAAAAUAAUUCAUUGUAUUACUAUACACAAAAACACGUUAGAAUUUACUGAUGAAUUAGAAUCAUCUUACAGCACUGCUUGGCUAAUAAUGUUAACAUUAUGUACUUUUGUAAUUACUCUUACUGGAACAGUGGCAGUUAUGAAACUAGACAAGCCAAUGGAUGCAAUUAAAUAUAUUUCAUUCUCAUCAGGCAAUGUUUGUCAUCUUUAUUACACUACUUUUCAGGGACAACAGCUUAUAGAAGAAAGUACAGCAGUAUUUCAUUCAGCUUACUUUUCUGAUUGGUAUAAUAUUCCGCCUCAAUACCAACGACUUCUAAUUCCAAUAAUGAUAAGAAGCAUGGCACCCUGCAAAAUUUCAGCAGGAAAUAUAUUUAUUUUGUCCAUGGAUUUAUUCAGUUCCGUAAUUCAAAAAGCCAUGUCCUUUUUUACUCUCCUGUCAUCAAUGCGUUAAACGCGUUAUGAAUAAUUGUAGAAUUAGAAAAGUGUAAUAUAUUGUUAUUGUAUUAGUAAAAAAUGUAAUAGACAAUUAGUAAAUAUGUAGAAGUAUGUUUUUGACAUUUAUAUUAAUAAAUAUUUAGUAUUGAGUAAUCAAGUAUUGAUAAUUAUAAAAAUAGAUAAACUAAAAAAAUAUAAAAUAAACUGACUGCCAACAUCUUCAAAAAAAUGUGUU